CAAGCCAUUAGCACUCCGUUAAGGGACUGAAUCUCCAUGACCACAAGUCCACUGUUGACCAGUUUGAGCACGACUAGGUGUCGUGGACAAGAGGUUAAACUUGGACUUCAUUAGUAUCGAAUGGCUGAGGAGCUCGCCUCUUUAUCCGCUGCAUGUGGACGUUGUAGGACGGAGGGGAGGACGCCGCAGUAGGCUUGCUGUUCACUCGAAUCUCUGCGUAUACUGCCGAGUUAUUCUGGGGCACUGACUGGACUGUCUGGCCGUCCUUUGUGUGGAAAAAAUUCAGCGAUACAACCAGCUGAGCACAGAGAUGAGUUCUUCUCUGUCAAGGAAUAUGGGCCGCUGUCGGAUCUCCUCACAUCGCGGAAGGACAAGACCCUGCCCUCAUCAUGCAGCGCCAUGUGGUCAUCGAGGACCAAGGCUGAGCCGCUCUUCAUCCACUCUCUGGUGAAUAUGGAGCCUGCAGCAUCACAGUGAGAGGUCUGGUCCGAUGUACGACAGCAGCUCUCCAUCCAGAGCCCAGGAAAAGAGGGCAAGUGGUCUGGAGGCAGCUGUGCAGGAAAGGACGACGUUUGAUCCUUCAGCGAUGUAUUGUUGCAAUGGAGACACUUUAAGAUGAAUAUCAUCCGGGCCAACUGAAAGUGGAGACAGCAUAUUUGAAAUAUUACUACAGUAUAGCCUCAACUACUAGAGUUUUACAGAGUGUGUGCUUGUCCCACACAGCUGACAGUAAGAUGCUCUGGAUCACUGGUGCCUUCACUGACAGCAUUGGAUACCCGACAUGCGAACGAUGCAUGGUCAUAACGGGUUACACCGACAAUGCUGAGAGUGGCGCCUCCGUCCGUGAGCUGAACUCUGUCGCUGACUGUGACCUCGGAGCUGCCGUUGAGCCAGAGGAAAGAGAGGGACGAUCCAGACGAAGAGCAGGACAAACGAGCCGUGCUGUUGAACUCCACUAGACAAUCUCCAAGGCACUCUCUCCUUUGCUGCCCAAACAGGGCUGACACAAGUCAGGCAAUAAUAGAAGAGGAGCAGACACAGAAAUACAUCAUGAUUUCUUACACGUUUUUCAGGGCAACCAUCUUUAUGUUGCUAUCUUCAGAUCUUUGCUUUGGAGCUGGCAUAAUCCCUGUCGACUUACUUCGUGGGACAGCUGGACAGAGUGUCACCUUUGAAACGUCUCUAGAACCGACACCUGAACCGUUUCUGGCACUGACUUGGAGCUUCAACAUUACCACCAGUAUCAUAACCUCCACCAGUGUAGAUGUAGUAGGACCGGGCUAUGACGGCAGAAUCAGCUUGGAUAACAGCACGGGAUCCCUGGUGCUCAGGAACCUGACGGAGGAAGACAGUGGAGAAUAUGAAUUAAUCGUCAUUCCAUAUGGUGCCGAGCCCAUUCAUGGACAUGCUACGUUGGAGGUGCUAAAUGAAGUGUCCAUACCCAACAUGGCUUGCCCCACUGAAAACCUGAUCGAAGGUAAAAGCUCUGUCAACUUAACCUGCAACGCUGACGGUGUCGUAUUAGACAGAAUAUGGAAAAAGAACGGUAAACCACUGCACCCCGGGGACACUGUUGUUUUUUAUGAUGGUGGCCGAGUUUUGUCCAUCAGCCCCGUGGACAGGCGAGAUUCUGGAGUAUUUCUCUGUAAAGUCAGUAAUUCCAUCAGCUUUGAUACUGCCAAAUGCAAACUGAAAGUCUUUUACGGGCCUGAUGAACCAAUAAUCGAUCAGGAUCCGAUCGGCGCAGAGCUUGAGGAGAGCGUCAUUCUGCGCUGCUCGGCCGACUCCCUGCCAAAGGCUAAAUUCUCCUGGAAGUUCAAACGCACGGUCAUGUACGGUCCUGAGCACUAUAUCGAGGAGAUGGAAAAGCGCCACUUGGGGAAGUACACCUGCACGGCACAUAACGAAAUCACCGGUCUGGAAGCUUCUGCCGUCCACACAUUGCGGGACGCUGGCACUCUCAUCAGUAUGUCCGUGGUGGUUUGCACACUCUUGACGUCAUUGGGACUAAUGGCGAUCUAAAAGACUGUUCCCUUUUUGUCCCUUUUGGCUCAUUUUGGUCUUUUAUUGUGAUGGUCUAAUUGCCAGUGAGUUUAUCUUCAUGUAAGAUUGAUCAAAUACUGUUUGUUGUUUUAAAUGCAUCAGGAACCUUAGUGGUUUUGAUUUGAAUUAAUUCCAGCUGCAGCAAAUGCAAAACAAUAGUGGUUUCAUCUUAACACCAAACCUUUCCAGAGAUACUUUGUUCUUUUAUGAUCCACCCAUCUACUAUUGUAGUACAGUGAUAAAUGUUCUUUAAAGCACUGAUGAGGUUCUGAUAAUGUCUUAUCAGAAUAGUCACUAUCGUAAACAUGUGUCAUAUACUGUAACAAGGUUUGUUGUUGUGUUAAUCAAC